AUAAGAGAACCGGUCAUUCACCAAAACCUGAAGAUUCGCAAUCUGCCUUCUUUACUCCUUCCUUCUCUUUCAAUCUCUCACCGGUAUCAUUGGCUCUCUCUCUCUCUCUCUCUCUUUCUUUCUAAAUCGACGGCGAGAUCAAGGAGGUCUUGUGAAUGUUGGGAAUCCUGAACGACGUUGAAGACCGGGGUUUGAUGCUCUCCCACCGCGAUCUCCACCGGAGGGCGAGCUCGCUCGCUUUCGGUUUUGGCUCCUGCAAACUAGGCUGGUACUAUCGUUGCCUUGGCCUCGACCCCUGAAUUCUAGCAUAGUAGAUCCGUUUAGGCUUCCGGAGGCAAGAGAAACGUUUCUUUCUUUGUUUUGGUCGAGAUCGAGAUCGAGAGAGAGAGAAUGCUGGCUCAUAACGGCAAGCAGCAGAGGAAGAGCCAGAGCGGGAAGGGUAACGUGAGCAGGUUGCUGAUCAGCAUCAACGUGAUGGGGAGCCCCGGGCCGAUCCGGUUCGUGGUGAGCGAGGACGAGCUGGUGGGCUCGGUCAUCGACACGGCCCUGCGAUCCUACGCUCGCCAGGGUCGCCUCCCGGUUCUCGGGUCUGACCCCGGCGACUUCUUGCUCUACUGCGCCAACGCCGAAUCAGAUGCUCUGAGUCCAUGGGAGACAAUCGGGUCGCAGGGGGCUCGGAAUUUUCUCCUGUGGAAGAAGCAGAAGGCGGAGGAGGCGAGCAAGGGUAGCCCGCCGGCGGCAAUCGGCCAGAAGGGGAGUGGGAGCUGGAAGGCGUGGAUCAAUAAGUCCCUCAAUCUCAAGAUUCCUUCACAUUAGUCACCAAACGACAAUACUUUUAGCUCUCUGUGUCCAUAAAUUUGCAGAUUUUGUCAGUUCUUAGAUUUUCUUGAUUGAUGCUUUUGGUUUUUGUCGUGAAGAAGCAAAGAAGCAAUCCUUUUUUCCUGAAUUCAUGCUUUCCAUUUGCAAUCGUGUACAUGUUCAUUAUGCUAUUAUAGAAACUCAGUCCAAAA